CCCUCCUCCGGUGAGGAAGAGGACCGGAAAAGGAGGCUCUCAGUGCGUUAGUCCUCCAGUCCGAGAAGAAAGGAGAACAUGGGGCCCGCAGCGGGGCUGUUGCUUUUGACGGUGGUCUCUGUGUGUCCGGACGCUUCUGCAGAAAGGAGACUAGAAUAUGUGACUGUGUUGUUUCGGCAUGGAGACCGGUCACCAGUCAAAGCCUUCCCCACCGACCCGCACCAAGAGAGCGACUGGCCGCAGGGCUUUGGACAGCUGUCCCAGGAGGGGAUGAAGCAGCACUAUAACCUGGGCCAGUUUCUGAGGAAUCGGUACCAAGGAUUCCUGAACCAAUCCUAUGAGAGACACGAGAUCUCCGUUCGCAGCACGGACUACGACCGCACCCUGAUGAGCGCCGAGGCCAACCUCGCAGGCCUUUACCCCCCCGCUGGUCAGCAGGUCUUCAAACCAGACUUGAUGUGGCAGCCGAUACCCGUGCACACGGUGCCACAAAGUGAAGAGAGGCUUCUCUCUUUCCCUCUGGCUGACUGUCCUCGCUACAAACAGCUGAUGAAUGAAACAGAGCACACCGAGGACUUUAUUAACAUGACCAACACAUACCAGGACAUUAUAGAGCUGGUGAGGAAUAAAACUGGACUGAAUAAGACUAAUGUGGAAACGGUCUGGAGUGUGUACGACACACUCUUCUGUGAGUCCCGUCACAACAUGUCGGCUCCUGAAUGGGUGACUCCUGAUGUCAUGGAGAAGCUCAGAGUGCUCAAAGACUUUGGAUUUCAGGCCAUGUUCGGGGUCCACGGACAGCAAGAAAAGAGCCGGCUGCAGGGAGGUCUCCUAUUGGGUGAAAUAGUGAAGAAUCUUUCCCAGAUGGCCGUCCCAGGCCCGGAACAGAGGCUAAAAAUGAUGAUGCUGUCAGCGCACGACACCACCGUCGCCGCUCUGCAGGCCAGCUUGAAUGUGUUCAACGGAAGACAGCCGCCGUAUGCCUCCUGUCAAAUAUUUGAGCUGUACAGGGACGACAACGGCUCUGUUUCGGUGUCGUUGUUUUACCGGAAUGACAGCAAAGCGGAGGCGUUCCCUCUUCAGUUACCAGGCUGCUGUCUUAACUGCCCCCUCGAUGACUUUGUGAGAAUUACAAAGCUCUCUAUCUCAGAAGACCGCGACAAAGAGUGUCAAGUGCCGUCAGAGGGGAGAGAUAAAGAAGUGAUCAUCAGUCUGGCGGUGUCCGGCUGUCUGCUCCUCUUCCUCAUUGCCCUCCUCCUCGGCGUGAUUUGUUGGCACAAGGAGCCAAUCAGCAACCGGGGGUACCAACACGUGGUCAACCAGGAAGUCGGGGAUGAGUCCUGACACGAGCACAAGCUCCUCCCUCGGAGGUCGACGAGCCUGGUGUCUUGGGACAGCAGUGAGGACGAUGAACUCUGAACUGUAAAAGUCUGGAGUUACUUGUUUCGGGACCAGCAACUUUAAUAAAGGAUUUCUCUUAUCUCUAAACUAAAGUGAUGAGUGAAACAUUGUGGGAGGGGCUAGGAAGGACAGAUCUCUACAUGAGGAAAACGCAGCAGGGAAAACUAUUUUGUUAUUUGACAAAUUGUCUACUAAAGUAAUUGCUGGGUUCCCAAGUGGUCUGAUCUCGGAUCCGCCAAAUAAGUUUAACAAAUAUGUUCCAGAUUACUUGAGACUUGAAUGGCUGCAGAAUAGUAGCAAGUCAGUGCAGGAAAUGGUUUUUACUUUCUAUAAUGUAAGAAUGGAUUUGCAUCAUGCUUUUCCUAAGGGCCGGUCUGAUUAUUCCUUAAAAACAUGUGAGACAAGACUUUACCAGGUAACAAAAUACCUAAGAUGUCGGUUUGGUUGAAACUUUACUGGCUAAAGUGAUUCUAAGUCCAGAAUAUUUUUUAAAGAUGAUUUUCUUUAUUAGCAGAAUAAAUACUUUUGUAUGUAUAUGUCCAUGUGCAGUUUAUGUCUGCAGUUUGGGUUUACAGUAUGUUCCUACAUGUGCGUCAGUGUGUGUGUUCGCUGACUAGCGGCCGAGAUGCCUUAAGUAUUUUUGAUGUUUGUCUUUUUUGUUCCGAUGUUUCACAUUUAAUUUGAUCAAAGGAGCAGCAGGGUGUCGUUGACAUUUUGGCUAACUCGCCCAGAGAGAGCUGACCUUAAGCCCCAUGACAACAAGCAUCCACUUCCAAAUGUCCUUUAGCGAGACACUAAAACACCAGCAAAAGAGCAAAUAAAAGCUAAAUGGAUGACUCUUUUUUGGGCGUCAAAUCAGUUUUGCGAUCAUGUAAACCAGCUUCUUAAAGAUACAGCUUACAGAAACACUGAAAACCUUUACAUUUGUGUGUUUUGAAUCUAACUGGCUAUGAAUGAUUUGAAAAAUAAAAAACCUGUUUGAUUUGAACCAAUCAUUUAAAAUGCAGAACAGAUGCUUUUCUCUAACUUAACCCCCAAAACCAAAAUAUUCAGCUGUACACCAACAUAUAUGGGUAUAAAGUUGUAUUGUUGAUGGAUUCAAGUGUAAAUAUUGAUAUUUAAGUGCAAAGUUUUUGGGUUCUACAUAUUGUGUUAUAGACAUGCAAAGCGACUGCCCUCUAUUAGUUGAAACCAGGCUUUUGAAAUACAAUUUUGCUCUUGGCUAAUCUGGAGAGGAUUGGGUUAACCUGUCUGCAGCAUUCGGAAAGGGACUAGAUUCAAUGUUGAACAUUCAAUCCCACCCACUUUGAUUUGAUUGGUUUAACUGUCGAAUUUGAGCGGGGUUAAACAUCAAUUUCAUUGGUUUGUACUUGGAUUUGGGUUGGGUUAAACAACCCGUCCGCACAUAAUUAAAAAAGGACCUACAAUUAUACGUUAGCUAACAGUGUGGGAUGUAACUAAGUUGAAAACUCAAGCCCUAGUACUUCAGUACACAUUUAAGGUACCUGUUCUUUACUUAAGUGUUUCCAUUUAAUGAUACUUUAGGUAUAUUUGUAUCUCCACGCAGGGGUCUUUUAUGGAGGUAUAUUUCGCUAUAAGAUAUAUUAUUUAAAACCAUAAACUGUGUAACUAAAACUUAAGCUCAGGCUCAAGAAAAAUAUCUAAUAUUAAGUAUUACAAGUAAGUAGCAAUCCUAAUGCAGUCUUGACCAGAAUCUUGCUCUUAUUUAAACCAGGAUUCUGGACUCAAUUCAUUUGCACACUCUCAAAAGCAUUGUUUGUUAUAGCAUAAAACAUGGAGAAAAUAUGAUCUUUUCGUUUCAAUGCAAUAUCCUACACAAUUAAGGUUAUUUGUCAGUAUUGCGUCAAACUGUCGUUCAAAUUUGAUUUCAGGCUGUGUGAAAUGUAUCAGACUUUUGUUGCUUGUAGAUGUUUUGUUGAAAAAUAAAGAAAUCAAGGCGAACGCAGAUG